ACUUCUCUAACCUAGAUAAUCCUUUACGAUAAGCCGCACUUGUGUCUUUCUUAAACGAUCCUCUUACUAUUAAAAAUCGUUAGUACAAAGUGGUUUUUAAAUACUAGUAUCUAAAUGACGUAAUUAUGACUUCUCUUUAACACUGAGAUCAGUUUUAAUUGAUCACAUUAUUAUUUUCAAAAGAGAAAGUUUCGUGUGAAGACGGUGAACCUACUGUGUAACGGGCUGUGCCCUAACAGACGGCUGUACGAUGACGAGCGAUAAGAGAGCAGCGAUACCGUGCUAGUGGAGACCGCGAGAUGCUCAUAUCCUCCACACACGGCCACCUUUUCACUGUACACCAGACAUAUGCACCGCGAGCUCAGCGAUGCGCUUCGUUUGAGGGAUGUAGGAACCAUAAUGGUUAAACAGAAGAAUAUAAUUUGACACUUUAAAAAGGAAGAUGGAACAUCCUGUAUGGAUUAUUUCGUACCUGUGGAUUUUAUUUAUGCUGUUGACUGUUCAGUGCUAUCCUCGUGACUCUACCCAUUCAAAUUCCGAUGCAUGUGAUCGCUGCAAACCCGGGUACUAUGCUUCUACGGGAUGUAGCAGACGACACAAGACCGUUUGCGAACCUUGUCCAGACGGGCACUUCACAACCAGCUGGAACCUAUUGGACUCGUGUUACCCGUGUUCACAGUGUGGCGUGGGGCUAUUCCAGCUCAAGACUUGCACAAAAACUACUGACGUUGUCUGUGAAAAAUGCAUUCACGGGGACGCAGUUCGUAACAAACACUUUCUGGUUAACUGUUUAGAUAUGGACACUGAUGUGGCUGACAUGCAGGCGGAUUAUAUAUUGACAACAGAGUCAUCAAAUAGUCAAAAGUUAAAUAAUAACAGUGAUGAAAGAAAUAAUACUAAAUACGAAGAGAAGAAUUAUUUUACUCGGGUUGACAACAAAACGAAUGGUAAGUCGAACAGCGAAUUGGAAACUGUGCUGUAUGGAAGUGAUCUCGGUCUGACAGAAAGUAGUGGCUAUGUCUUCGAGGAAAAGGAAGUGGAACUAGACUUUAGCGAGUUUUUAGAGAAAAAUAUAACUGUUAAUCCUAGUGAAGCUGUCGAAGACCAGUUGAUCCCAGUGUAUGCAAUACCGCCAGCAACAGACAGACACACACAUCGACUGGCAGACGGCAAAGAGAAUACCACUUACACUGUGGACAUUGCGGAGGGUAGUGGUUUGGUGGUUGAGGACAGUAGCUCAGGUGGUUUGCCGAGGCUGGAAGACAAGGAGACACAAACAGAUAAGUUGCUGGAUACGGACUAUUCAGGAGAGGGAAUCCUUCUCCCUAAUGACAAGGAGGACAGCGACUCGUCCAAUGCUACUCACUAUACAUACUGGAAGACUCAUCAAAACAAACACCGCCUCAUGAGAAGCGGAAAGGACACGGAGAAAAUACAGCUGCCUUAUGGCCAGAUGAAAAUAUUGGAGCAAGUAAAGAAGAGAAAGAGGACUUUGACCUGCAUCUGAGCGGCAUUGAGGCCAGACGGAGAACUGCCAUCAUUGUGGGUGUUGCUGUCGGCGCUGCGGGCUUCUUCAUCAUUGGUUUCAUCACCAGUCGCUAUUGCAAGAAGCAUAAAGUCUUCAGAGUG